AUGGCGUCCACCGCGGCAGGGAAGCAGCGGAUCCCCGAGGUGGCGAAGGUGAAGAACGAAGCUCCUGCCGAGGUGCAGAUCACCACCGAGCAGCUGCUGAGAGAAGCCAAGGAGAGGGAGCUGGAACUUCUGCCGCCCAAGCAGGAGAUUACCGUCAAGGAGGAGCUCAACGACUCCAAGCUGAGGAAGAGGAAGAAUCAUAAAGGAAGACCCAAAAGAUACUGCUGUGAUGAUUGCGAACAAGUCUUCACCACUUCAUCAAACCUGAAGAUCCAUAAGAAAAUUCACACUGGUGAUAAACCAUACAGCUGUGAUCAGUGUGGUGCUGCUUUUACCCGACGAGAUCAUCUAAAGAAUCACCAACGUAUUCACACUGGAGACAAGUCCUACAGCUGUGAUCAGUGUGGAGCGGCUUUUGCCCAGCAAAGUAACCUAACGACUCACCAACGUAUUCACACUGGAGACAAGCCUUACAGAUGCGAUCAGUGUGGAGCGGCUUUUGCCCAGCAAGGUCAUUUGACGAAUCACCAACGUAUUCACACUGGUGAUAAACCAUACAGCUGUGAUCAGUGUGGUGCUGCUUUUACCCGACGAGAUCAUCUAAAGAAUCACCAACGUAUUCACACUGGAGACAAGUCCUACAGCUGUGAUCAGUGUGGAGCGGCUUUUGCCCAGCAAAGUAACCUAACGACUCACCAACGUAUUCACACUGGAGACAAGCCUUACAGAUGCGAUCAGUGUGGAGCGGCUUUUGCCCGGCAAGGUACGCUAACGAGCCACCAACGUAUUCACACUGGAGACAAGCCUUACAGGUGUGAUCAGUGUGGGGCGGCUUUUGCCGAGCAAGGUACUCUAACGAGACACCAACGUAUUCACACUGGAGACAAGCCUUACAGGUGUGGUCAGUGUGGAGUUGCUUUUGCCCACCAAAAUUCUCUAAUUAGUCACCAACAUAUUCACACUGGAGAGAAGCCUUACAGAUGCGAUCAGUGUGGAGCGGCUUUUGCCGAGCAAGGUCAUUUGACGAGACACCAACGUAUUCACACUGGAGACAAGCCUUACGGAUGUGAUCAGUGUGGAGCGGCUUUUGCCCAGCAAGGUGCUCUAACAAGACACCAGCGUAUUCACACUGGAGACAAGCCUUACAGAUGCGAUCAGUGUGGAGCGGCUUUUGCCGAGCAAGGUACUCUAACGACUCACCAACGUAUUCACACUGGAGACAAGCCUUACAGGUGUGAUCAGUGUGGAGCGGCUUUUGCCCAACGAGGUUCUCUAAAGAGUCAUCAACGUAUUCACACUGGAUAAAAAGUGUACAUUUGUGAUCAGUGGUGAUAUCAUUUAUUUUGAGAGUUCAGUUAAAAUGCACCAGUUUAGUUAAUUUAGUUUGAAAGAAAUAAUUGUGGUGGUUAGAUUGUGGGAAGGAAUUUGAAUAUUUUUUUUAAAAAGCAGCAGAUUCUUACAGCUGUAAGAGCUGUUCAGUUAUAACCAGAUUUAGAAAAUGAAAUACAAGAACUCAAUUCAAAAGUCUUUAUUUUGAACAUGAUGGUAGUGUAAGUAACCGAAAUGCUCGAACAUACUUGAGCAAUGAAUGCAAGAGAUUUUUUUUUUUUUGAAGCAGCAGCAGUUUUGACAUGUUCAAAAAGAAGUAAGAAGAAGUAAAAAAAACUUCUCCUACUCCUUGAAGUCAAUACCAUGUCUUCACAUAGACCCUUGUUAUUAGAUGUCAAAAAUUUGAUGUAUUGAGAAGUUACACAAAUUAAUUUUACACAGUGUAAACAUAUUGUUGUAUACAUGAGUAUAAAUUUGCGGAUACCUGGGUGAUUAUUGCCAUUUGCAGUUACAUGUCCCUCUAUAUGAACACUAUGUACCCUGUAUUCAUCUAUAUAUAAAAGCAUACAUUAUUUACCGUGUACAAUCUUAUUCAUUACGGGCAUUCUCACACAAAUAUUUCUAGAUGCAUUAAAGCAUAUAUAUGUAUAAUAGACAGAUACACGCACACCCAACGACGAAUGAGGAAGUCAGCCAUCCCGAUCGGCCAGCAGCAAUACAAAUGAUGAGAAAAGAUAUCAGAAAUAUUUGUUGGGCCACAGUCCGAUAUGAACUAUGGAUUGUGUGAUUAUAUGAACAGUUAAGGCCUUUGGACAGCUUUGAGGCCCUGCAUUCCUCGACGUGAACGCCUUUGGACCGACCUGGAGCUGAAGGAGGCCCAGCUGCUGUGCCCAUGUAUUCCCCUCAUCCACACUGGUCCUCAUCUGGACCAGGAGAGAGAGAGAGAGAGCAGCUCUUUAUCAGGAUCCCCUGCUGAGCGUAACUACUCUUUGUUUCAUCAAGAAACACUGACGGGCUGGAUUCACAUAAGAGGCUGUUCUGUGUCUGGGCAGAGAAACUUAGUAACACAUUUUAAAAGUUAGUUUUACGUUGUGAGCCGGACUGGUGAUCCCGUCACAACUGUGCUCAUUAGUUGAGUGUGUUUGUUUAUCUUAUUGUUUUCUCCCCUCAUUCUGCUCCUACUACCACCCCCACCCCCCUUCACGUAAUCUACCAACCCCCCCGUCCCACACA